GAAACCUAUCUCUGCCAUAGCCUUGAAAGAAGCAUGGGCAGCCAUCAUCAUUCAGAAACACUGCCGCGGUUAUCUUGUCCGUAACCUUUACUAUCUCAUUCGUGUAGCUACUAUAACAAUACAGGCUUAUUCUCGAGGAUUCCUAGCAAGGAAGAAGUAUCGAAAGAUGUUGGAAGAACACAAGGCUGUAAUCCUUCAGAAAUAUGCCCGGGCCUGGCUGGCAAGACGCAGAUUCCAGAAUAUCCGGCGAUUUGUUCUAAAUAUCCAACUUUCUUAUAGGGUACAACGCUUGCAGAAAAAGCUAGAAGAUCAGAACAAAGAAAAUCAUGGAUUAGUGGAAAAAUUAACCAGCCUGGCAAGCACUCAUGCCAACGAUAUGGAAAAGAUUCAGAAACUUGAAUCAGAUCUUGAAAAAUUAGUCAUCCAAAAGCGAACAUGUGAAGAGAAAGGAAAGAAGCACAAGGAAGUUAUGGAAGAG